GGUAAAUUAAAUGAGAAUGCAGGUAUGCAGCAAUGGCCUCUUCUACAUCACAUGUCUCCCAAUUUGUUUAGGUACAGUGUCCCUUCAUAUUUACAUAAAGAGAAAGUUCUCUCUCUCUUUCUCUCUCUCUAAACCACAUCUUUCUUCUAUUUUCUCCACCGUUCUUUCUCUCUCUCUUUCUUUCUCGACUUCAACUUCUGGAGAAGUACUACACAUUUAUAAGGUACUGCUCAUCACCCAACACUAACACAAUUGUCAAAAAGUGUGGUGGAAAGAGGGAUCUACUUCUAUCUGAAUAUCGAUCAGUCAUAUCUUUUCAAUCAAAUCAAACCCUUCUCUUACUCCUUUUUGUUUCAAAAGAAAAAAAAAAAGAAAAAAAAGAAAGAGUCGAUGUCGAGCAUGUCCAUGUCGUCCUCCUCAGCUCCAGCUUAUCCACCGGACCACAUCUCAUCUACGGACCAGCUCUGUUACGUCCAUUGCAGCUUCUGCGACACUGUCCUUGCUGUGAGUGUUCCUCCGAGUAGUUUGUUCAAGACGGUGACGGUGAGAUGCGGACACUGUUCAAAUCUUUUGUCGGUCACUGUGAACAUGAGAACUCUUCUUCUUCCCUCCGUUUCCAACAUUGGCCAUUCCUUUAUACCUCCUCCUCCUCCUCCUCCCAAUCUUUUGGAGGAGAUGCGAAGCGGAGGGCAGAAUAUAAACAUGAACAUGAUGAUGAGCCACCACGGUGCAGCUCACCACCCAAAUGAGUCUUUGGCUAUGGCGGCUCGCAACGGACUGCAGGAGAUGCCUCGGCCGCCACCAGCCAAUAGACCAGCCCCAGAGAAGCGACAAAGAGUACCAUCUGCUUACAACCGAUUCAUCAAGGAGGAGAUCCAACGUAUAAAGGCAGGCAACCCUGAUAUCAGCCACAGAGAAGCCUUCAGUGCUGCUGCCAAAAACUGGGCUCAUUUCCCUCACAUACACUUUGGUCUCAUGGCGGAUCAUCCACCCACGAAGAAGGCAAACGUGCGCCAACAACAGGAAGGAGAGGAUGGGAUGAUGGGAUCAAGAGAAGGGUUCUACGGGUCAGCUGCGAAUGUUGGGGUGACCAAUAACUAGCUAGCCGAGGACUUUAAUUCCGAUCCCUACGCAAUUUCCAAAUCUUACGAUCAUUUUAUAAGCUUCAAUGUGGUUAAUUUUCACUAGCUCAAAACAUAACUUUAUUAUGAUGAUGAUGAUGAUGAUGAUAUUGAUAUUUGAUCGAUCAGGAGACAUUUUUCGUAUUUUUUCUUCUCGGAACUAAAUUAUAUAUUCGCAUUGGAAUGAUGAAAAAGGAACCCUUCCAAUU